AUGCCACCGAAAUUUGACCCGAGCGAAAUCAAAAUUGUUUACUUACGAUGUGUUGGUGGUGAAGUUGGAGCUACAUCAGCUCUUGCACCUAAAGUUGGACCACUUGGUUUGUCCCCCAAAAAAAUUGGAGAUGAUAUAGCGAAAGCAACUCAAGAUUGGAAAGGUCUUAAAGUAACUUGCAAAUUGACGAUCCAAAAUCGUGUAGCCAAAAUCGAUGUAGUACCAAGUGCGGCAUCGUUGCUUAUCAAAGAAUUGAAGGAACCAAGCAGGGAUCGGAAGAAGGUUAAAAACGUGAAGCACAACGGUAAUCUUUCUGUCGAGCAGAUCAUCAAUAUUGCUCGUCAAAUGAGACCACGUUCAAUGGCAUGGAAACUGGAAGGUACAGUGAAAGAGAUAUUGGGCACUGCGCAGUCAGUUGGAUGCACAGUAAAUGGACAGCAUCCGCAUGAUAUUGUUGAUGCUAUUCGCAGUGGCGACAUUGUUAUUCCGGAAGAAUAA